AUGGAGAAUGGACUCACUGGUCCUGAUGGAAAUGCGUCGUUGGUGGAGCUGUGCUCAGUCGUUGGAGUUCUGGAUCGAUUUAGGAAAAAGCGCAUCAAGGUGGAUCAACUUGAUGGAGCUCACUACUCAGUCACUGGUGGAAGUGAUGCUCACUGCUUAGUCGCUAACUUGCUGGUGGAGAUGUGGAUUAUGGUCCUCCGAUGGUCUUCCUCGUCAGAGACAACAGUGCUUGAAUGGUUGGAGGAGUAG